GGCAACACCGGAAGCGACGUACUGUGGGCGCCAAAAUAGAAUGUGGGUGAGGGCGUGAGUGUUGCUGUUUCCUGGGCGGCGGGGGGUGGGGGGGGAAGGUUUGCGCACCUCUACGGUGCCGCAGGCGGGACAAAAGCCCUCAAAAGUGGUGGCUGUUGUGAGGGGGGCCAGGUGCCGCCAUUUCGUGUUUUCGCUCUCUCUCUGCUGCCUGACAGCGGCCGCUCUCCCGGCGCGCGAUGAGUAAGGAGCCCAGAGGCAGGGGAUGCAGCCGGGGAAGAGGCUUCCAGGGGUGGCGAGGAGGAUGGCGAGGAGGAUGGCGAGGAAGAGGACAAAGUGUAGAGUGGAAAAGCAAAGUCGAACCUGCAAAGCCUCGAUUCAUUCAGUCAACGUUGGACCAGUUUAUUCCAUAUAAAGGCUGGAAACUUUAUUUCUCUGAAGCUUAUGCUGACAAGUCUCCUUUUGUGCUGAAGACUCAAGUCUUUGAAAAGUUUUUCAUGCAACGCAUUGAGCUAUACAAUAAGGAUGAAAUAGAGAGAAAAGGAAGUAUUCUUGUGGAUUAUAAGGAACUCAUACAAGACAGAGAAUUAACUAAAUCAAUACCAAAUAUAUCCACUGAAUUAAGGGAUAUGCCUCAGAAAAUACUGCAAUGCAUGGGUUUGGCAAUUCACCAGGUGUUAACAAAGGACCUCGAAAGGCAUGCUGCUGAGUUGCAGGUGGAAGAAGGAUUACGGCUUGAUAGAGAACCUAUAAUAAAUGUGCCACACAUUCAUGCCAGGGUGUACAACUAUGAUCCACUCACUCAACUGAAAAAUGUUCGGGCCAACUGCUAUGGGAAGUAUGUUGCCUUGCGUGGGACUGUUGUCCGUGUCAGUAACAUUAAACCUCUCUGCACUAAGCUAGCCUUUGUAUGUGCCACGUGUGGAGAUGUUCAGGGUGUUCCUCUACCUGAUGGAAAAUACACUCUUCCAACUAAAUGCCUUGUUCCCGAGUGCCGUGGCCGGUCAUUCGCACCAGACAGAAGCUCUCCUUUAACCACUACAGUGGACUGGCAGUCUGUUAAGGUACAGGAGCUCAUGUCAGAUGAUCAGCGAGAAGCAGGUCGAAUCCCUCGCACAAUAGAAUGUGAACUGGUUCAAGAUCUUGUGGACAGUUGCGUCCCAGGAGAUAUGGUCACAAUUACAGGGAUAGUUAAGGUGUCAAGCACUGAGGAAGGAGCUUCUAAAAAUAAGAAUGACAAGUGUGUGUUCCUGUUGUACAUUGAGGUGAAUUCUGUCAGCAACAGUAAAGGACAAAAAACAAAGAAUUUUGAUGAGGAGACUUUUCAAAGAGCAUUCAUGGAAUUUUCUCUUAAAGACCUUUAUGCUGUUCAAGAAAUUCAAGCUGAGGAAAACCUGUUCAGGCUCAUUGUUAACUCUCUUUGUCCUGCUAUCUAUGGCCAUGAGAUUGUAAAGGCAGGUUUGGCACUGGCAUUAUUUGGAGGAUGUCAGAAGUUUGUAGAUGACAAGAACAGAAUCCCAGUGCGAGGAGAUCCCCAUGUUCUGGUUGUUGGAGAUCCAGGAUUAGGAAAAAGUCAAAUGUUGCAAGCGGUGUGUAACGUUGCUCCUCGAGGUGUGUAUGUUUGUGGUAAUACUUCCACCAGCUCUGGUCUGACUGUCACACUGUCUAGAGAUGGCGCUUCUGGAGACUUUGCCUUGGAAGCUGGUGCUUUAGUACUUGGAGAUCAAGGGAUUUGUGGAAUAGAUGAAUUUGAUAAGAUGGGAAGCCAGCACCAGGCUUUGUUGGAAGCCAUGGAACAGCAAAGCAUCAGCCUUGCCAAGGCUGGCAUUGUUUGCAGCUUGCCUGCUAGGACGUCUAUCAUUGCUGCAGCAAACCCUGCUGGAGGACACUAUAACAAAGCCAAAACAGUGUCUGAGAACUUGAAAAUGGGGAGCGCCUUACUGUCAAGAUUUGACUUGGUUUUUAUUUUGCUGGACACUCCAAAUGAAGACCACGAUCACUUGCUGUCUGAGCACGUGAUGGCAAUCCGAGCUGGAAAGCAGGCAGCAUGCAGCAGCGCUGUUGUGACUCGUACCAACACGCAGGAUCGCUCUGUUCUUGAAGUCACUUCAGAUCAACCACUGCUUGAGAGAUUGAAGAUCCCACCAGGAGAGAGCUUCGAUGCCAUUCCACACCAGCUGCUGAGGAAGUAUGUGGGAUACGCUCGGCAGUACGUUCACCCAACUUUAUCUCCAGAAGCUGCUGAGGUCCUCCAGGGAUUCUACCUUGAGCUUCGGAAACAGAAGCAAGGAGCAGACAGCACACCAAUCACCACAAGGCAGCUAGAGUCACUGAUUCGACUUACAGAGGCACGAUCAAGGCUGGAAUUAAGGGAGAAAUCUACCAAGGAAGAUGCUGAGGAUGUAAUAGAAAUAAUGAAAUACAGCAUGCUAGGAACAUAUUCGGAUGAGUUUGGAAAACUGGACUUUGAACGUUCACAGCAUGGAUCUGGGAUGAGCAAUCGGUCACAAGCAAAAAGAUUUGUUUCUGCCCUUAACAAUAUUGCAGAAAGAACCUACAACAAUCUCUUCGAAUUACAACAGCUUCGACAGAUUGCAAAGGAAUUACAAAUACGAGUAUCUGAUUUUGAAAGCUUUAUUGGAUCUCUAAAUGAUCAGGGUUAUCUUUUGAAAAAAGGUUCAAGAGUUUAUCAGCUUCAAACAUUGUGAAAAGAGCCACUGUGAUAAAUUUCUUGACACGUGGUCGUAAUAUCUGAAAUAGCCUGAUGGACAUGCUGCAGCAAAAUGCACGGGAUUGCAGCCUACCACAGUACUUGAUGCCCUGCCAGCACUGUUACUUGCUAGGGUGUAAGACUUCCCCCUCAGCAACUAGUGAGGCCAGAGGUUUGCUCAAAAGUGUUGUAGGACAAACUGGACCAUAGUACUGCUGCUUGACUCAUCCCAUAGGUUUACUAGCCUAAAUGACAAUGCGUAGCAUGUACUCCAUCUUUGAGUAGUGGAAAGUGUCUUUUACUCAGCUCAUUGCAGUGCAAUGAGAUUUUUCUUCUGAAUUUAAAGUGAAGUUGGACCUACCAAUUUAAAAAUAAGAACUCUUUCAUGAGAAGACAGUGAGUUGCUUUUUAGCAACGUAGUUAACUUGAAGAAUCUUAAAAAGUAUAGAAAUGUUUCCAAAAAGCUGGGAACCUUCAUAUUGAGACAAUAGUUUUACAGCUGUAAUAAGUGACAUGUUAUUUAAAUUGAUUUCGCUUUCUGUUUUUGCAGCUCUGUAUUUAUGGCUUUUUUUAUAGUUGAGAUUUUAUUUAAACAGCUGGUCUAGUUUGAGGGAAAAUUUCCUUAUAUUACAAUACUUAAUAUGUACAACAAAUGAGAUUGUAUGUACCUUUUUCAUUAAACUUUGAGAAGUUUGAGUCAUUCAAGAGCGUUAUACAGUAAUAUAACCUACUAUUUAUAACCAGAAUGCUGGUGUGGAUGUUAACAGCUAUUACAAGAUAUUUAAUGUGAACAUACUGUGCUUGUUUUCACUUAGUUCUGUUACUGCUGCAGAAGGAGGUUCUGCAAGAGUAAAGUGUGUGUGUCAUGAUUUUUAUGAAGUUGGGAUCAUCAUCUAGUGCAGUAAAAUGGCAAAUGAGAAGUCUUCAAUAUAUGUAUUAAAAAAUUGUUUUUCAAAAA